AUGCCAAAACAAAAAUCUCCUGUUUGGCUACACUUUGACGAAGUGUACGAUGACAAAAACAUUUUACAUGGGCAGUGUAAAUACUGUAAGGUUAAAUAUGUAUCUAAUGCACAACGCAUGGAAAAACAUUUGGUAAUAAGAUGCAAGAAGUGCCCUAACUCAGUAAAAGAAAACUUUGGAGCCUUGUCUAAAAACACGGAAGAUUGUUUACUUAAGGAAUCUACUCGGAAGAAAUGUAGUCAAGGAAAGCUGAUUAGUUACGUAGAUAAAAUAUCAAAAGAUAAAAAAAUAGAGAUGGAUAAAACUUUAGCAAGAGCAGUUUUCUCCAGCUGCUCUCCAUUCGUACCAGUUGGAAAUAAUUAUUUAAAAAAGUUUUUAAAAUUGGCUUCACCGGGUUACAAUCCACCGUCAAAGGAUCAAUUGUCUGGGAGGAUUUUUGAUGAAGAAUAUCAAUUAUUACAGUCAGUUAUGAAGAAUAAAUUCGAAAACUCUCAUUCUUUGACAAUUUUGUCUGAUGGCUGGACGGAUAUUAAUCGUGUCUCCUUAAUUAAUAUUGUAUUCAUGACACCAGAGCCUGUUUUCUAUAAGGCAAUAGACGCUAGUGGACAUUCACACACCGGAAAAUAUAUUUCAACAGUUUUAAGUGAAGCAAUAGAAGAAGUUGGGCCCAAUAAAGUUCAUGCCUUAAUCACUGAUAACGCACGAAACAUGAAAUCAGCAUGGAGCAUCUUAAAACAAAAAUACACCCACUUAAUCACGUUUGGAUGCGUCGCUCAUGGCCUUAAUUUGCUAGAUAAGGACAUUGUUUCAGUGUCAGAAAUUAAAAAAGUUAUUGUAAGGUCAAAGGAAAUAAUUAAGUUUUUCCAAAAUCAUGUAUUGAAUAAUUCAGUGUUGAUGGAGAUUCAACGACAGAGAACAAAUAAGACUUUACACUUACAGCUGCCUGUUGAUACUCGCUGGGGCACUUAUUGUAUAUGUUUAAACAGCUUAUUAAGAAUUAAAGAAUCGUUGCAAGUGGCAACUUAUGAUCCUCAUGUUUCUAAAAGUAUAACCGAAGAAAUGAGACAAGAUUUAAGAGGCGAUGAUUAUUUUUGGCCUAUGUUAAAAAAUAUAAACGACUUAUUAGAUGUUCCGUGUUCUAUUAUAAAAUUUUUGGAAGGUGAUUAUCCUACUUUGAUGAUGGUAUCAAAAAAAUUAGUUGAAAUGUACGGAGAUUUUAUUGAAAAAUCUUAUUUUCUACAAGAGAAAAUACAAAGUUUCGUUGAAGAUAAAUAUUUGGCUCGUAAAGAAUUUAUCUCACACCCUGUGCAUUACGCAGCUCACCUAUUGAACCCUCAGCUUGUUAAAUUUUCACUAUCGGAAAUUGACAAAAUUGCAGCUGUGGAAUUUAUUGAAGAAUUCGCUACAAGUUUAAAAUUGAAUGGCGACAAAGUUAUUUUAGAUCUAGGUGACUAUCUAACUCAACAAGCUGUUUGGGGUAAUAAAUCUCUUUGGAGUGAAUCUAAAUUAUUAAAUCCAAUUACUUGGUGGGAAUUAUAUUUUUCCAGCCGAGAUCUUGCGAAAUUAGCUGUAAUAAUUCUAAGUAUUCCUGCCACAUCAGCAGCAUGUGAAAGAAACUGGAGUUCAUUUGGUCAUAUCAAAACUAAAAAGCGGAAUCGUUUAACUGUUCAAAAGACUGAGAAGUUUGUAUUUGUUAAGUCUAAUUUACAUUUGCUCGACGACCACAAUAAUUACUUGCCAGUAAAUUACGAUAAAACAAAAGAAACCAUGAAAGAUUUAUGUAUCUCUGAAACUAUGCAAUUAGACCAAAGCUUAGAUAUAAUCAGCGAUGUUGAGUAUUCCGAAUAUGAAAUAUUAGAAGAAAUGGAUUCUGAUUGUGCGUCUCGGGGCUUAAGUGCUUCUCAACUUAUUGAACAUGCAUUAUGGUGGACUGGACCACCGUGGCUCUCGCAAUCUCCUGAAUUUUGGCCAUCAACGGUAGCACCAUCUCCAGAACAUGAUUUGGAAGAAAGACCCGGCAUUUCACUCUCAGCAACGUCACCGCCAUUAGUAUGGGAUCUCAUUGACUUACCUCAAGUCAAAUCCUUCAAUAAAAGUCUUCCGAAGCUAUUCAGAAUCACGGCGAUUUGUCAGCGAGCCAUCUCAAGAUUCAAACGAGUUCCAAACUCCAGUUUAGCCAUCUCACCAAUUAAUCCAGCUGACCUAGAAGCUGCAAAGCAGUUUUGGAUACGGGAGACUUAA